AUGGAAGGCUAUCCACUACUUCUCAGAAACUAUGUCGUCGUAAUGGGGAUCUUUGCUACAUUUCCAAGUAUUUCUACAGGUGACACUCUAACCUGUGUUCGUGUAGUCUGUAUUUUUAGUAGUCUGGGUCCCUUGGAACAUAUUUUCAGUACAUUCCUAAAGCUUUCAUUUUUUUUUACUUUUUCCUUACAGCUUUCAGUCAAGGAUCGAUUGGUAACUUUUUCUACGUCAACUCAUUGCCAGAAAUUAGGGACAAGAUGGCGGUUGCGCGUGCGCACUAAGGCCACAAUGGCUGCGAAUUCGUAUAAGAAAAUGUAUGGAGAUAACGAAACUUUUUCAAAUAUAUCGAUUAUAAGCUCACGGGUGUUCGGUGCCCGACUCGAAACAUGUUAAGUGUUGUGUAACCCUCGCAUCUGGGUUAAAAAUAGCUAAUUAGAAGUAGGUUUACUUACUUCCUGAUGUGGCCACUUUUAUUCCUUGUUGUACGCUCCAUUUCUCCAUACAUUGUCUUAAAAUCUUGCCGAAGUCAUGCGAAAUACUCGUCGAUUAGAGGAUAAACCCUUCACUGAAGUAAAUUUGCCCGACUCGAUAUCACUUCUGCGAUGGAAGAUGUUUCCAAAACAGUCGUUAAAAGGACGAUUUUGCACUGCAAAAUACUUCCAAAGGCGCAUUAUUUCCCCUCAGUUUUCCAUCUGUAGUCCAGUAAUGGACGCCAUGGUUGCGAAUGACACAUUUCGGUCGGACAAAGCUUCACAACUCAAACCUCACCGAAUCGCCAUUUUGUUUGUUGCUACAACUCCAGAGAUGCUUCACGGGAUAUAAACUAGGUUCCAGGCAUUCAAAAAUCCUCGAUUAGCCUACCAGGCUUGGUUUUAAAAACAAAAUUGUCACGAAAAUGUCACGAAAAUGUCACGAAAGGUACAUCCGCGUACUGUUUUGUUGCUAUCAGCCGCUCGGCCGCGUAUAAACCUAACAUUUUCUUGCAAGGUGUUUAAUUCCAGCUUUUUUCUUCGUAAAACAGAUCCACAGAGCUCAAAUUAUUUAAAAAAUCGCAAGGGAUACGCUUUCCCUGACUACGAUAGUUUUUGUCCGCCAUUUUAAAAACGAGAUUCCGCUGACAAUUGAUCACGGGCGCGAAAUGUCCACGAUUUCUGGCAAUGAUGAUAAGUGAAUUUUCCUACCUGAAUAUCACAAGUAUUGGACGAAAUCUUAUUCAAGACGAAAACGAUUGUGGCUACGCCUGUUUAGAAAAUUCUUCAUGUUUUUCCUACAAUGUGGCUGCCUUCCCUGAUGUCAACGGCAAACUUCUUUGCGAACUCCUGCCAUCGGACAAGUUUAACAACUCGGACAAGUUCAACGCCAGUAAAGAGUUUCAUCACUUUUAUAUUCCGGUAAGUCAAACAUCUAAUUAAUCAGAAAUGUUCCUUCUGGGGAAAAUAAAAAGUUUCUUCUUGUUUGUUUGUGUAAUUAUUUUCUUUUGACUCUCGCUAGUUUCGAAAGUUAGCAUUUGUAGAUCAAAAUUUACCUCUUCGCUUGGCAAAUCUUGAAUGCAGUGGAUUACGUUGUGCUUCAAAUGCAAAGGAAUUGGCUAAUGAGUUUGGAUAAAAAAAAUAAAUAAAAAAACCUCAUAAAAGUCUUACAACCAAGUUAAACCUUUCAGUUAAACCUUUAAUUUGACCAUCUGCUGAUGCCCAAACAUACUUGAUGAAAUCGAUAUAUUUAUGUUCGAAUGUCCUAAACGUUAGUGAGGGGAGAGUUGCAGACAAAGGUCUCGACUGAAAUAUUUUUCGACAAAAGCGUUCAGCUCUUAAAACACAUUUGUCAUAUCAUGAAUUUGCUUAUUAUUUGCUUGCAUACUUGGCUUGCCUUAAAAGUUACAGAAACGUUUUAAUAUUCCUAUUUUAGGCUAAUCUUUUGCCGGUUAGACUAUAUCAGUACAACGCCUUGAAAUUCGGUAGCAUCUCUGCAAAUUUCUGGGUAAAUGAAACAGCGUUACUCUCAAAACCUCACUAAAUACUCAACUGAGCAAACCCACGGGGGAGUGCAAAAGAUAAAAAUGUAUAUUGCUUGCCGUCCUUAAUUAUAUCGAUGUCAUCUAAGCAUCGACAUGUAUGUCAAAUUCGUUGCUUUUUGAAUCCAUGAAACAAAGCGAAAGGGAAACAAAGAAAAUUUAAUCCCAACUUUUGUAGGUUUACAGUAAGCUGAAUUUAAUCUAGGGUUCGGCUCGUUGAAGUAAUUGACCUCAUAUAGUGAAGACAAUGAAUGUCUAUAGUUUUCGUGCUGAAAGUUAACUGAGGCCCCGAAACUUUCUCUCUUGCUAGUGCUUUUCUUGUUCUGUUUGGACAUUACUAUGGCAACACAAAGUACCUGACCUGUUAACCUAUGGGAACAUUCAACUGACGAAAUUCGUACCCAUUAAACGUUCCUGACAAUAAAUGAAUUUAAACGAGUAAACUGCCUUGUCGCAACAGUAUUUAUUGUUUCGAAUUCUUCGUUCUUUUUCACACACGCCAACCACUUUGAUGCUAAUGUUUGCCUGAUUCAAUAGGAUAUUGCCAUAGCAACGCACAUUCAAAGAUAGGACUGCCACCUGUAACUGAUGAACCGUUCGUGUUUUGUUAUUUAAAAAAACAGCUUUUGUUAUUGCGUCACAAGAAACACAUGUUACUGGCGGUAGAAGUUCUACACUAUGAAAAAGCAAGCAUCAAGUUUUCCAAAAAACGGAGACAAUAAUUAAGGGACUUAUCAAAGUCUGCUUUACAUUUGUUAGAGCUGCGCAAAAUUCCCCUUACUUGAUCUUAUUUUAAUAUUUCCAAUACAUGUAUUUUUUUAUCUUUUCUUUCAUCUUCCUUAUUUCGAGAAACACCUCGAUUUUUGUAGCCUGUUAUAUAGGCUCCGAGAUAGUAGUGCAGGGGGAGAAGGGACAGAGAGGACCAUAUUUUUUUCCCGCCGCUAUCCCCUUUCCUAGAUCGCGUGCGUCUUAUUUUAAAUAGGUUUCCUUCUUUUAUCUUACCGAUGUCGUUACUUUGAGAUCCUACGCAGUAUACCCGUAAGUUCAACAUGGAUGAUUGAAAACAAGCCUAAAAUUUCGAAUUUAUUAGGUUUGCACAAAGUCUAGUUAUUAGUAGAUUUCUUGAUGAGUUAGUACACAACUUACGAUUUGUUACCCCCACUUUUUAAAACAACUUAGCCAAAUUUUAAAAGUAUUUAAUUUUUUUAACAAAAUAAGACAAAAAGUAAGCAUGUUCAACAGUUAAGCACUCGUUGAAUCCACGCUACAUGUAUAUAUCAAAGGCGACAAAAGCAGAUAAUUUUCGUACCAGUCUUUGUUCACUUAUUGGCUGCAUAUCUCCUCCUGAUAAAAAUGUUAACAUUCGCAUAAAAGUGAUAAAGUACCUCUAAAGAAACUGUGUUCAGCCUCCUUAAAGGCCAACUGAAAGUCAGGAGGAAAGAAUUGUGCCCGAAAAAAAAACGUUUUAAUUCUUAGAUUGCAAGAAAAUGCAAUUUAAUUGGACGAAGAAAUUUACAAAGUAUAAGGAAUAUAAGAUGGAGUUUCAUUAGAAUUCAUAGAAAAACGCAGAAAAAAUGCAUUUAAAAGAUAUCCUGACCAGCUACGACAGAGGCCAAGCAGUGGCUCUUUAUGCCAUCGUCAGGCCACUCGCCGAUAUAUAUCUGCAGCCUGUUCAUCCUACAUCCUGGGCUGCGUCAAAAGAAUGCAUUGACCAGAAGCAACUAGCUGAGAAUACAACAGGCUGUGAACCCACUCACUGGGGCAAUUAAUGCAGGCAUUAGAUAUAGCUUCUGUUCUCGUUCAGCAAAACCAGCCGGAGGCUCCCUGAAAUAAUUUGAUGACCAAGCGAGUUAAAUUCAUUUAAUUACACAAGCUUAUUGCAUGCUAACUGAAGGGAAUUUUAGUUUGUAAUUGCGCUAAAAAUGAAAUUCAACUUUCAAAUCAUCUGCGAUUAUUUUAGGUGCCGAGAGAGGAGAAUCCUGAUGAAUUUUAGAAAGUGCUCACCGCUAAGAUGUUUUAUUUAUUUAUUUCUGUAUUUUUUUUAUUCAGUCAUUCCGUUCGCUUAGACACAGAUAUGACUAAUGACAGCAGUUUGGUAGCCUGAAAAGUGGAAGUGCCUUGUGUUUUCUCAUUUGUAGUAACAAAAUAAAGUCCGGAAGAUUCAUCGAUAUUUUGUGGGCAUUUUCACUAAAUAAAACAUUUAUUCAACUCGCACUUGUUCCAUAGAGAUGAUAUAGCCAACCAAUACCCAACAACUCGCAGGUGGAAUAAUUGUACAUGUAACUAAAACUUGGAGCUCAACUUGGUCGACGAAAGUCAAUAGCUGAAUCUGCCGUAAAUUCAGCAUACGUGUAAUAUGCAUAAAUGAUUAGUGCGUCACGUUACUGGAUUAUGUUUUGACUUUGCCAUCAAAUGGUCUUUACUUACAGCCGUAUGCUUUCCUUUGUGUAGUCUCCUUGUGACAGUUCCCCCUGUAAGAACACAGGAAAAUGCAUUUCGCUGUACCAUAAUGUGAUAUAA